AUGACCAUGAUCUUUCAAGACAAUACCACACAGAAAUUACCACACAGGAGUACCACACAGCAAAACCACACAUCAAUCAGUACCACACAAAAUUACCACAGCAAUACCACACAUCAGUACCACACAGCAAUACCACACAUCAUUACCACACAACAGUACCACAUAGCAGCAAUACCACACAGCAUUACCACACAGCAAUACCACAGCAAUACCACACAGCAAUACCACACAGCAAUACCACAGCAAUACCACACAGCAGUACCACACAAUAGUACCACACAGCAAUACCACACAGCAAUACCACAGCAAUACCACACAGCAGUACCACAGCAGUACCACACAGAAAUACCACACAGCAGUACCACAGCAAUACCACACAGCAGUACCACAGCAAUACCACACAGCAAUACCACACAGCAGUACCACAGCAAUACCACACAGCAGUACCACAGCAAUACCACACAGCAGUACCACAGCAAUACCACACAGCAAUACCACAGCAAUACCACACAGCAGUACCACAGCAAUACCACACAGCAGUACCACAGUAGUACCACACAGCAAUACCACACAGCAGUACCACAGCAAUACCACACAGCAGUACCACAGCGAUACCACACAGCAGUACCACAGCAAUACCACACAGCAGUACCACACAGCAAUACCACAGCAAUACCACACAGCAGUACCACAGCAAUACCACACAGCAGUACCACAGCAGUACCACACAGCAAUACCACAGCAAUACCACACAGCACUACCACAGCAAUACCACACAGCAGUACCACAGCAAUACCACACAGCAGUGGAGAAUGGCAUUGA